AUGAGAAUCUCAGAAGUAAUCUUCCUCGGCCUUAGCGCCUUGAACACAGUCCCGGCAUCUCCAGCCCUGCCCGUCGACCAUGAAGGGGAGGUAACAACCACGAUCCAUCUGAUAAGCACAAGCACAAAUGUCGUCACCAUACCUGCUGUUGCUACUCAUACAGCAGCAGGCGGCUCCCAUGAUUCCACCUGUGGGGUCUACGUUUGUAUCAACCGCUUCUGGGAAGAACCGUGCCAGCAUCUCUUUCCCAAGACGGGCGAGUGCUUCGCAUUCAUGGGCUGGUGGAACCAGUCCCUCAGCGCACUCGGACCAGAUCCCGACUGUUUCUGUGCAUUCUACAGCGACGACAAAUGCAGCAACCACAUCAAAUUCGCCAACGGGACAACCGUCACUUUGAGGACACCCGGCAUUGACGAUGGCCUGGCAUACGAGGGCGUCAAUGAUUCGGUGGGCAGCAUGCGAUGUGUCUAUGAUUCGUAG